GAAACGCUUACGCUAUAUGCGUACGAUAGCAUCCCCUAAAAUUGCCUCUGUCAUAGAACCAGGAAGAAGGUGGGAUAGCCCUACAAAGCUGACAUCCCCUGUCUUUCUACAUACUUUCUCUGAAAAUUAUGGGAUCUUCCCGGUGGAGGGUGGCAGUGGCGGCCUUUCUCGCUAUAGCGGUGUCUUUAUUAGGCGUGGACGCGGAUGAACAUGAGCAUACGGUAAGAAAGCGUUUAGUGAGGCCGAUUGAAACAGGCAGCGGAGAAAAUAAUGGACGUUUGUGCUCUGUUAACAUGAUAGCUUUAGCUUUAGCUGUCCAGCAGCAAACGGCAGAACAUAACACAUCCACGACAUGUUGCAUGGCAUGAUCUCCGGCGUUUUGGACAAAUUCUCUGUGUGCUGUUUAAUUGAUAGACAUUAAAUGAUGUAGCGAACUGGUGACCACUUAUCGGCCUAAGUGCUUAUGGCUAACGUUUUUACUGCUAGCCCAUUAGCACGUCUUCCACACUACUCUUAGAUUCCCCCAGAUACCGGUGUGGACUGGAGUUAAGCUGCAAAGUUAUUGGCUUAGUUAUUCAACGAAAUCAAAACCACCUGAAUACUGAAAGCGUAAAGCUCUGGAGCCUCAAACCAGCUCGAGAAAUCAGUAUCUCUUCGUAAGGAGUGCAACAGAUCCACGUUAGUCUGAGCCGAAACACCGGGUAUACGUCAAGGCCUAUCGGGUUUUUUCUUUGCUUUUGUCCGACCCAGAUGCCUAAAAUGCCACUUACUCAACUUCAUAAAACGUGCAGUGACGACUUUCCCUUUUAUAUAUCCCUGCCCUGUAUUUGUGAUGUUGUUUCUAUAACCAACACUAAUGUUGAAGAUAACUUCCCUGUCUGAGAGCAAACUUAAGUCGCAAACACCAAUUAUAUCCAAUAUUAUGAAGUGUUAGACUGACACAACGAGGGGACUGUUAACGAAACAUUCCCCACUAUGUGCAUGCAUAAGAAUAAUAUAGCACUAGUGUGAGCUUUCACUUUUAGUGGAAAUGUCAUGAUAACAAAGCCUUGAAACAGCCACCUUUUAUUACACAUACAAUGUUGGUGUAGGUAUAGUUUGUUUCAUUAACGUCUGUCUGAAAGAGCUUUAGUUAUCUUAAAUAUAUUUAUUUCCUUCUUGGCAUUUUCUGGUAGAGUAACAAAUACCUGGACUAUGAAACCAGUAGGACACGCUUAACUGGUGUAGCAAUUGUUGUCUCCACAGUGAGAGUCCUUGUUUUUUCCUUUGCAGUACACAGAUAAAGAGGAGGUAGUUUUAUGGAUGAACACAGUGGGGCCUUACCACAACCGACAGGAGACAUACAAGUACUUCUCCUUGCCCUUCUGUGCGGGCUCCAAGAAGACCAUCAGUCAUUACCAUGAAACUCUUGGAGAAGCUUUGCAGGGAGUGGAGCUUGAAUUCAGCGGCCUAGACAUCAAGUUCAAAGGUACACAACAUUUUCACCAAUUUUCACCUGUUGAUGCAUCUGAAAGUGUAAGAGGUUUGGAACAAGUCUGCGUUUGAUUUCCUCUGACUUUUAUUAUCUCUGUAGAUGAAGUCAUGCAAACAACAUACUGUGAAAUUGACCUGGACAAAGCCAAACGGGAUGCCUUCGUCUACGCUAUAAAGAACCACUACUGGUACCAAAUGUACAUAGACGACCUGCCUAUCUGGGGUAAGUGAUACUUCAUGACGUAUACUUAGAUGACAGUUUCUGAUGACAUGCCAGCUUUACUGGUUGAAAUUUUCUUGUAGUAUUUUCUAUCAUCUCCUCAGCAUCAGUUAUGAGUGACGUAUGAUUUGGUGCUUCACACAGCAGCCUCCUCCAUCAUAUAUGUAACGUGAAUGUGGCAAGCAAUGUAAAGGUGCAUUAUCAAUCCAUCUACGAUCCGUUUAUUGGCUUGGUGGCCUCUGAAAAUGGUUCUGCCUUUCUCAAAGUGACUUCUUGGAGGCAGAACUGUCACUGUAAUAAGCCGUCCUGCUUGCGUGGAAUCAGUUUGUACAAUGAGGCAACUCCUGCUGCUGCUCAAACAUAAGAGUUUUAUUUGAUGUUGUCAAUGAUGGGUGGGACCUUGGCAUUUACUUAGACAACUGUACACAGUGAAUGUCACAUAUUUAAGCCUUAAUCACAAUAAAUAAACAUAGACUUUGACCCCAUGUCCGGUUUGCCAGUGUACCUGAACAUAUGUGCAAAUCAUGUCUUAAACAAUGACAUGAUUUGAUGGAGAUCUUCACAGUGACAGCCAUUCUGUAGUUUAGCUAUCCUAUUAAGGACCGUCUGAUUUGGAAAUCUUUAAGUUUGUAACCUUCAGCUCACUUUUGCUUUCCAAGAGCAGAGCAGUGAAAAGUUUUCUGCACAUGUUGGCUUUACCUAACACACAGAUGGUUAGUUGCCAGCACCAACCUCGAGUGCUUAACGCGAACUACCUGUAUUUCUAAAAUGGUCUGAUGUCUAUUGUACUGAUUCAGCAGCAGAUUCAGACACAACUGAAGGAGGAAUCUUGGUUGUCAGUUAAAUUUGCCCAGUAUGAGGCAAAUGGUUGUGAUUGGCUAGGUGCAUGUGUAAUUCUGUCUAAGCAGAUCCACCCACUGGAGCUUUUGAAAUCAAGGCUAAAAGUUGAUAAACUAGAAGAAGUAUUCAGAAUAAUGUGCAGUUUUCUACAUCAUCGUAGCUGUAACCAACAAACAAACUAAAGCAGUCAAAGUUUAUUUAGCACUUUUUUCAAAACUUUGGCUGAGAUCAUUUUAAGCUAUUCAAAAGUGGCUUUUAUUCUGCCACCUAAUACAGUAUAUUGUCAGAAGUGAACUACAUAAAAUAUCUUCAUAGUCAUUACAUUAGCCAACUCUGGAAUCUGGAGGUUGAUGUGCUGUUGGUUUGUGUAAGAAAAAUGGUCAAUCAGCAGGGAGGGACUGCAUUCAUAUAAGCUGACUUGAAGCUGGAUUCCUCAGUUCCUCAGUGAGCAUGCUGGGCUUUGACUGAGACGCUUACAUGAAUAAAUAUGAAGAAAAAGAAGGAAGUGUUGUCUGCCUUUGGAUAUCACCACAAGUUUUUUGAUAUAGCAUGCAGUUUAUUCACACCAAAAUGUUAAGAGUUGACAACAUUUGACAUAUGAAAGGUUCAGCCCUUUUAAGUUGUCCAUGUAUUCACUGUUUGACAUAAAAGAAGUCUAGUUGUGUAGAUGGUGUACAUUGUUUUGGUUUAAGACACAAAAGAUUAACUGUAACUGCUAAAUAUUCAAUGGCAGCAAAGGGACACACCUAUGGUAGUGAAGGCCGAAAAACUUGUGUCGACAAAUCAAUUCUACCCAGGCGUGGGGACAGGGACAGUAGUCCAGUGAAACUACUUUACUGAGCUACAACUGUAGCCUGAGUGCACCGUGCAUGUAAAGGUACCAAGUCAGAAACUGUGACCAGCAUAGACUCACUUGAACAGCGACUCCAGAAGGACACAUAACAGCUGAUUACAGUUUUGCCAAGUUAAGCAGAAAACCGUUAUUUAGGCACUACUCUAAGUACAGGUCCCUCAGCUUAAUGCAUGUCUUUCUUUUUGACAGGUAUUGUUGGUGAGGCAGAUGAGAAUGGAGAGGAUCAUUACCUGUGGACCUACAAGAAACUGGAGAUCGGCUUCAACGGCAACAGAAUUGUUGAUGUCAAUUUGACCAGUGAAGGAAAAGUCCGUCUUGUACCGAACACAAAAAUUGCAAUGUCUUAUUCUGUAAGUACUGCAGUAGCUACUCAGUGGUCCUUGAUAUACACCAAUGUUAUCCUAAAGGCUGUUGUUUGGCUCUUGUCAUCAGAUCAGGAUCAGGUCAAGUAUACAGCUUUGUCAUUGAUUUCUAAUGUCAAGAAAACCCUUUCUGUUCACAGGUGAAGUGGAAGAAAUCUGACGUGAAGUUUGAAGACAGAUUCGACAAGUACCUCGAUCCAUCCUUCUUUCAACACAGGGUUAGUGGAGUAUUGCACAUUCAGUGAUCUGUGCCUCAUUUGCUUUCAGGAUGUUUAAGUAAUCUCAUAUUUAGGUACAUCGUAAUUAAAAAACCUGGUAACUUAAACUUCUUUUGCAUCAGCUGUUUAGGCAAGAUUGUUGCACCCUGUCUUCUAAGUUAAAGCUACAAGGUAGAGGGGUGGGGAGAAGUCACAGAGGUGGUAUAGGAGAUAGUAAGAGAGGGGUGUAUGCGUACACAGCUGAGUUUGAGAGAUGGAAUGGCCCUGUGUGUUUGUGAUGUUAUUUGACUUGAUGUGCCUCUUUUGCUUCUUCAGUGCCUCACUGCUGUAUAAAAAUCACACCCCAGAACAGCCUUUUUACCCUGUUGGAUGGUUCAGUAUGAAAAUACACUGAGGAUAUAAAAGCAGAGCUUUGUUACAUUUAUUUGAAGACACUGUUGUUUAAAACAGGCUUCAAAUGCCACCUUUAAGUGUGGCAGGAAUCCAGUCGGGUUUAUCUUUUAAUAGUUUUUAUCAGAUUUAAGAUUUAAAGUGGGACAAUAGGUAGAGGAUGAAAAUCCUUGUUGAUUGUUAGUGAGGCAAAGGUUGUGGCCCAAGCUGCCACGACUGUGGUGAUAGCUUACUAAAACAUAUGUGUGUUUUAAUGCAAACUGAUUGAUAUGGUGAUCCAUUUUCAACUUUUACCUUUGUGGUGUAGGUAAUUUUGCUUUUGAUAACAAUGGAGGUGGGAUCUGAUAUAACUUGUAGAGUUUCAGCAACUUUAUCAAUCAUGAAAAACUUAACUGUUUGUGAACUUUACCUGCCACAUCCCCCUUAUCUUUGAGCAGAGAAAGUCUGUAUGAGAGCAGACACUUUACACAGAAGAGUGAGAUUUUAUCUUUAGAGGAGAAUAAUCAAGAGUAUUAUAAUUGUCAGUACUUUUGCCUAUGAUUGACAUUUUUGGUUCAUCAUAAAUUAAUGGAAUGAUCUCACAUGCAACCUUGUUUAGCUAGCAUGCUGAACCUAAAUCUGCAUGUAAUCAUUGCAGUCCAGUUACAGUAGCAAAUAAAUAGAUGAAUGAUGACAGACAAUAUGUGCGUGAUAAUUAUUUUCAAAGUGUAUUAGCUUGUGUCAUUAGUCUGGGAUGAUCAAAUGCAGCUGUUGACUGAUUAUUGAACUGAGUGACAUCACCACAACAUCUGAUCCGACCGCUUGGUAGACGACUGUAUCCUCUGUUUGAGCUGUGAGGUUGCACUGAGUGUGAAUCAAACUGAUUAUUGAUCCAAACAUUCUCAGAUUCAUUGGUUCUCCAUCUUCAACUCCUUCAUGAUGGUCAUUUUCUUGGUCGGCCUGGUGUCCAUGAUUCUAAUGAGAACACUAAGAAAGGAUUAUGCCAGAUACAGCAAAGAGGAGGAAAUGGAUGACAUGGUGAGUUUCAGUUUGGGACAAAUCUUCAGCUUGAGACUUUGUCAUUGUCCAAAUAUAAACAGCAUGCAGAACUCUUUCAUUUUAACAGAUAUUUCAUAAUGAUGACUCUUCAGUGUUAAUAAUUCCCUCUAAUUUUUCAUUGUGUCACUUUGAACCAUCAGGACAGAGACCUGGGAGAUGAAUACGGUUGGAAACAGGUACACGGGGAUGUGUUUAGGCCGUCGAGCCACCCACUGAUCUUCUCCUCGCUCAUUGGCUCUGGCUGCCAGAUUUUCUCUGUCUCCCUCAUCGUCAUCAUCGUUGCUAUGGUCGAGGAUCUGUACACAGAGUGAGUUACUGCUCUUCUUGUAACUCCUGGUUUUAAAGUGAGGUUUGGUUUUCCACCAGUCCUAAUUUAAUGUCACUUAAUCAGCUUGAUUUGUUGAGUGGAAUAUUUGAUGAAACCUUUCUAAGUUUAUGUUUUUUCUCCUUUUAAAUGUAUGAAAUGCUUAGAGUGUGAGAUUUGGGCUGAAUCAUGCCAAGACGGAGUUGUAAAGUUUUUGUCAGGAAAAUAGCUGAAAGGAAAAUCUCAGUCGUGACAUUUGUGACUUAUUUCUCACAUUCAAAUGGAAUUCAAAUGUUUCACCCUUUUUGAACAGACAGAGGAAACCAAUUGGACCUCCUAACUUAAAAAUGUAGCCUCGUCAAUAUAUAGACAAAAACAUGCACAACUGACCACAUUAGGAGAAAAGUUCUAUAAUAAGAGGAGAGGACCUCAGGAAAUGAUCGAGAGAAAGGACAGAAGGUAAAGGUGAUUAUGGUGAUUGAAAUGUAUCUUACAGUUUGAAGCCUAAAACAUACAGGAUCCGCGUUGAGAGCAUUCUGUCAGCGAGUGUAGCAGCAGCGUAGUGCAGCCCCGGUCAGCUGGACUCAGUAAAGAGGAAACAACAUGCUUACAACAGGUUGUUUUGCCUUUUGGAUUUCAUUCAGUGACCGUUGAGCCUCUACUCUAUGUGAAAAAGCAACAUGAUUUUAAAGUUUUGGUUUUUGCAGGUUUACUCAUAUUUAAUAGAGUAAACUGUGGUCUUUUAUGCUGGGCUCUUACCUUCAGUUCACAGUCCUGUUGGGGUCCAUAUGGAUCAGGGACUGACCAUGAGAUUUUUCUGUGUUAACAACAAAUCCAUAACCAGGAAGUAUUUCUCAUCUACAUGAGCUAAUACACAGUCAGGAGUCUGCAUAUGGUGUUUUAUUUUGAAAUUUACUGGAUGAUGUGUGGUUUCUGUGCUUGACAUCCUGUCUAGAAUGAUGUUCUCUGUGUGGAUUGACAAGUGUAUGAAGCGUAGAGCAGAGAAAAUAGACUCGGUGCGUAUCUUUAGCAGUGCCACACUCGAUACGUUUCUGAGACGGAGCUGAGACACAUCCUGUGUGCGAUGCUGCAUUGAUUAGAAUGGCAACCUAUUUGGUGCAUGACACGUGAUGCUGAUGGAAAGCGCUCAACACGGAUGAGGUGGGUUUGAGACUGUACUCUCGCAAAGAAUAGAAAUUUACGUGCACCACUGAAAACCUAAAGCUCAAAUACCAACAACAUGACUCCAAACUUUGAAAAUCUAAGGAUGAUACCAGUGGGCUGACUCAAGUAUCAUUCAAAUCUCACAAAGUCACAAAUUCUUAGCUGUAAGCUAUAAAAGGUGUUUCAUCUUGUGUCAGAUGAAGAAAACACUACAUGAACUUUUCAGGCAGGAGAAGAAUGAAGCCCAAAGACCGAGACAGUAAAGGAUCUAAUAUCAUGUCCUUUUUUCACCUCAGGCGAGGAUCCAUGCUGAGCACAGCCAUCUUUGUGUAUGCAGCCACUUCUCCUGUCAAUGGCUACUUUGGAGGAAGUUUGUAUGCAAAACAAGGAGGUAAUAAAAGCCUUCAUGCCUGACACUCUCUUUGACUGAAUACUUUAAGCUUGGGGUUCCCUCUGAAAAGCCUGUGUAACAUUUUCACAUUGUGCUGUUUGACCUCUCAGGCAGAAGAUGGAUUAAGCAAAUGUUUAUCGGGGCGUUCAUGAUUCCAGCUAUGGUGUGUGGAACUGCCUUUUUCAUCAACUUCAUCGCCAUCUACUACCACGCCUCCAGAGCCAUUCCGUUUGGCACCAUGGUGGGUUUGACACAAUAACAGACCACAGAGUUAUGAAGAACUUGCUCUGAGUCGACAGCUUGGGUUUAUUUGUGUAGCUGUGCUGCGGUCCAAAUGAUUUGAUAUUAUGUCAUCAGUUGUGGAGCAGAAAGGGGAUUGAAUUGAUUAAAAUACUGAAAAAGUCUUGAGUUUAUUAUACUCGCUGUAACUCAUGCUCUGUAUCUGAUGAAAAAGAAACAUGUUGGCUAUAAAAUGAUCACUAAAAAACAAUCACAGCUUAUAAAACACAGGCCAUAUGACGCUGCUUCAUCUUACCUGAUGCUGGUUUUCAUUUCUGUCUGAAGUGUCCCUGUUCCCAAACUGUGCAGAAUGCUAUUGCCUAAACCUCUUAAUUACAAACAGCUGUUUGAUGGCACAUGACAGCACCCAUUAGUCGUGAUUUGAUUAGCACAACACAUAUCCAUCAUAAGUGUCAAAAAAGAAUCUCGAUAACCAACAAGGAAUCAUCUACAUUCAAACUCAAUCUGUCAAAUCCCUCAGUGAAUCUGAGGUGACAGUCUGAGACGCCUCUGAGAAAGGACUUUUUCUCUCCUCCUGUGUUAGUGAGAUGUAGAAAUGACACACACACUCAUUUCCUUUAGGUGCUUUUACGCACCUUUACAUCACACUGUAAGCAGUUUAUUUUCAAAUCUGUGAAUCCAAAAGUCUGCCAUAUUAGAAAGUGCUGUCAGUGUUUUAUUCAAGGUAAUUAACUCUGUAUACUCAGACCUACACAGCUGAGCGAUUGUGUAACUGUUUAUUGUUUCCUGCAGGUCGCUGUCUGCUGUAUCUGCUUUUUUGUCAUCCUGCCACUGAACCUUGUGGGAACCAUCUUGGGGAGGAAUCUGUCGGGCCAACCAAACUUCCCCUGCAGAGUGAAUGCUGUGCCUCGACCAAUCCCUGAGAAGAAAUGGUAUGACUUUGGUCCGACAGGGUCGAGUUUUUAAGGAUUGAAACUGGAGCAGACUUUAAAACCAUUGCAAGUCUGUUGAUAUACACUUGAUAAAAAUAUAGAUGUGCAAGUAAAUAAUGAAGUGGUUUCAGCAGUUUAGAUUGUAAAAGAAGGUGGAGCUUCCACAGGAGCCUUUCCAGCCUAUACUGAUACUCAGAUACAGGUGCAGUGACUCACAGCAGAACAAAGAUCCACUCAGACCAGUAUGGAUCAUGUGUGGUCAGCCAGUCAAUGGCAUUUCUCGCUCAGUUUGUACACCUAGCUUUUGCUCUUUGUUAGGCUCUGGCCUCUGCUUCAUAUUAAUGCCUGCAUGAGAGAGGUUCCUGUCUGUCUGUCAGUGUUGGCCCUGCCUGUGUGAGUCAGUGUAGUGCAAGCUCACACUUUAAGGGAGCUAGGUCAAAGCUCAAUUCAUACAGAUCAAAAUGAGUUAGUUCACGUUCAUUUAUGUCCAGUUGUACCUACAUCCCCCCUCAGCAGAGCUUCUCAAGCUUCAGUCCCUCAUCCUUCAUUAUUCAACUAAAUGGAUAAUCAUGCAUAUCAUUAUUCAGCUGUAGAGAAUCAUAAACAGAGAUUUAGUUUAAAAGCCAGAAAAUUCAGUUUCACUGCAAUUUAUUCAUAAAACAUGGGGAACAAUUCAGCAGGUUUGCAAACUUAGACAUAUGAAGCCUGAAACUUUCAUAUCUCUGAAAAUAUUUGGUUGAAGGUUUUGAACUUUGUACUGAAGUACACAAAGAAAUCUGCUUUGUUCUUGGUAGUGCGGGUGCUGUGGUUUUCACACCCUGUAAAACAACAUUCAGCAAAGUGAGGCUUUAUAAGUUUUCCAGUUAUGCUAUGCAGACGUUUAUGGAUGAAGAAUUGAAACAGACAGCUCAGCCAUUUACUCAUAUAAAAAGAAAUUGCACUGUGUUGGUCUCCCCUUCCUCCUAGCCGCUUGUCAGCAUCGCUCCACUCAUGCAAACACACAAACAAACACUGCCUGUAGAGAGGAAGAGUCAGUGGGACAAUAAUAACUGCAGUAAGAGUCUGAAAACGUGAGCAGAGCAGGAAUACAAGCGUGCUUAGUUCACUGAGACGCAGGAGCACCUCAUAUGACCCUCAGAGCACACAGCUGGAACACACACACACACACACACACACACACACACACACACACACACACACACACACACACACACACACACACACACACACACACACACACAGGAUGACUGAUGUACUUGUUUCAUAAAUGUACCCCACUUCAAAUCAAAACUCAGAACACAUGUUUCAAAUUGCAUAUUCUCUUUAACUGUCCAUCUUCAUACCUGUAUGUUGUUUUUAUUUAUUUUAAUUGUGUUUUAACUGUGUUUUUAAUGCUCUGUGCCGUGUCCUUGAGUGUCCAGAAAGGCGCUUUUAAAUAAAACGUAUUAUUAUUAUUAUUAUUAAGUUUCUUAAAAAUGUAAAGCUCCUGUAAGGAGUUUAUUGAUUUCUAUGAAAUAGACUUACAUUCAUAUGAAUGUACAAAAGAGGAUCAUGAGGGAUAAUUAUUAUUACAGAUGGUCAUUUCAAAUGGGUAGAGCUGAAUAAGCAGUAGAUAGUGAGGAAGGUGAACUCACACAGGUAGUUAAUCCUCAGUAUUGUUGCGCUAAGUGGUCAAGGUUUUUUUUUUUCUUUUAACAAAAGUGUCAAAACAAUAAAUAGAAAGCUUAACAUUUACAGUCUUCUGUCACCACUGUGGUCAGGAGAAGGUAGAAGUGACUUCAGGCAUACUUCACUGGAAUUUCAUCCUGAGUUUCACUUUCCAGUUUUCUUUCUCAUUACACAAAAGGCCUCCUAUCUUUGUGCGUGCGUGCGUGUGUGUGCGUGCGCGCAUGCGUGUGUGUGUGUGGAUACACCUUUUGUAUUUAUACUCUAAUCUUGUGAUGUCUCAGGUUCAUGGAGCCAGCUGUCAUCGUGUGCCUGGGAGGAAUCCUUCCCUUUGGGUCGAUCUUCAUUGAAAUGUGAGUUUACUGAGGGUCUCCUAUGUGGUGAAAAUGCUUGUUGCAGUCAGUGACAUGUUUUCUGUCCUCAUUUUUCAGGUACUUUAUCUUCACAUCCUUUUGGGCCUAUAAAAUCUACUAUGUCUACGGCUUCAUGAUGCUUGUCCUGGUCAUUCUCUGCAUUGUGACUGUGUGUGUCACCAUCGUGUGUACGUACUUCCUGCUCAAUGCCGAGGACUACAGAUGGUGAGUGCAGCCCUGUUGUCACUGCAGUCUGAUAGUAACUUUUAGAGCUGAGUGCAGAGUGGCAGACGUCAUCUUUUUCAGGUUUUCAACAUGUUUGCAUGAAAACAAUGGGAUAUUUGUUCACGUUCAAAGGUCAGUUACCUGAAGUGCCUUUUUUUUUUUUUUUUUUUUUUAGGCAAUGGACAAGCUUCCUCUCUGCUGCAUCCACUGCUGUCUAUGUUUACAUGUACUCCUUUUACUACUACUUUUUCAAAACCAAGUAAGUAACUUUGUGAUUCCACAAUAAAAGUGUCCCCUUAGGGGCAAAAUAUUCUUGUCAUAUACAUACAAAUCAGAAAAAUCUACCAAUGCCAGAAAGAACAAAAAUCUGUUUCUUAUACAAUGAUUCCUUUUACAAUCCAGGAUGUACGGAUUGUUCCAGACAUCCUUCUACUUUGGCUACAUGGCUGUGUUCAGUACUGCCCUAGGAAUCAUGUGUGGUGAGUACUGGUUCACGUUUUUGGAAUGCUGAUAGACUGACUUAUUUCUAGCUCCGAACUCAAUCAGGUUACUGUGUGGACACCAAACUGUCCUGAAGUCGCCCAUAGACAGAAAAAAAGUUGAGAAAACAUCGUAAACAUGGUGGUUCUACUGCCGGGGUAAACGUGGUUUAUGGUUUCAGGUUAAACUGGACUGUACCAAAAGCUGACUCAUUCAUGAGCAUACAAUAGUGAGGAAGUGAACUACUUCCACUGCAGUGGUCUUCCAUGUUUGGUAUCAUGCUUUCAUGUCUGUGAGUGGCUACUGAUCACCCCUGUCCCUCCAGCUCUGAGCUAUGACAAGUGCCAUUUGAGAGGCUUGCCGAAGUUGGUUUUCAGGCUGAGGGUGCAUGGUGACAGAUCUGUAUCUGAGUGAGGACCCUGUAUGAAGGUGGCUGAAGUCUAAUGAAAAAGACCUGACUACAUGCAACUUGGUUUAUCAGACUGUCGUUGAAAAAUCUGAUCGGCUCACAUAUGAGUAUACAAACUAAAUUUGGGGCUGCAGUGUGGAAAUAACCUGAGAUACACUGAGAUCUGGCAGGAGUGAAUUCCAAAGGGGUUUUGUAGCCGGUAAUAUUUCUGUUUAAGUGCCACAAACUUCUCAGUUUGUUCAUCAGUCUAGUUUGAUGUAAAGACAUUUACAUAAAUCUUUAAUUUAACCCUCUUUUCCUGUGAGGUGUAAGUGUGAGGAGUCAGACCUGUUCAACUCUCUCAGCUGCUCAGAUAUAUCCUCAGUGUCUUGUGCUAGCCUGAUAAACUGGCUCUGUUUAAGGAGGGGCCCUUUUAGAAGUCUGAAAAAUAUUAGAGGGCCUAUAGUGUCCUGGGGCCUCAUUUACAACAGGGCAUAAAAUCCAAUCUAAAUGCGUACCUACAUCUAAAACCAGAGUAAGUGCUCCAGAAAUAGUUCCGAUUAAUUUAAAAACUGUGUGAAAGCACACAUUCACACUGUUUUCUUUACAAAACAUCAUCCACCUGAUGACAUGACCAUAUGGAUCAGCCUCAUAUUCAGCCUUCUACACGCCCACAUUUUUACAUACAUGGUGUAUGCAAAGCGCCCAACGAAAUAAAAUACAUUAUAAUGUACCUGCAGAUCAAAGGUUCUUGAUGGUGAUUAAUAACAGCAGCACAGAGGAUGAUGGAGAGAAGAAACUCAGACAAACAGUUCAAUGCAUGUGGAUGAAGGGAGGUAGGAGAAAAAAAUAUUUGCAAAAGCAGGAGGGUCACAAAUCAAAUAAAGAGCAGAGAGUGACACCAUGCUGCUGCAGCAUUCAUGCAGUCUUUAGGAGUGCUAGAACCUCCAUCAUUCACUCUCACUUACAGGUGUCACUGCAGCUUCUGUACAAGAUGUUUGCACACAUCCAAAACUGAUUUUUUCAUUGUGCCAGAGUGCUCAUGUCAAUCAGAGGUUCACCCUAUCCCUGUGAAUGUAUUGCACAUAUGUUUGAUCUGUAGAUGUGAGCUUUUAAAACUGAAUUCCCACACUGUCAGUAAACUGCAUCUAAAACAAUGAAAUUUAUUAAUGGUUUUACUGCCUUUGUUUUUCUUUUUUUUACAAAACAUUUUAGCCGUGAAGUUUGGCUUUGUUGACCAUAAACUGUCAAUUUGAGUCAACCCCUUAGACAAAAUCGAUGACUUGCUUGCACUUUUUUGCCCCUUAAUCACCUGGUCACAGACCACUUUAUGGCUGAACAGUAAAUGAUUGAAUAAGUUAAGUGUAUCCCCUAGCACAGGAAUCAAUCUGUAGUGGUGUGUGAUUUGGGGAGCAGGGGGACGAUGUGUGUUGAGCAACUCAGGGAGCACGGUGGGGUGGGGGGUUCAACCAGCCGUGUGAUCACCGACAAUAACUUGCUAGUGCUAGUACUUUGGGUGCAGCACCCAUGUCCGUACGCAUACUGAUACAUAUGAAUCCAAGUUAGAGCCACGUAAAUAAAAAAAAAAUUUAUUUAGCCGUGGCACUGCACCACGAUUAAUUGCACACAGUGGAAACCCUGAAGUUGGUCGUGUUGCCCUGGGGAGCAGACACGACAGCGUGACAAACUUUGCAAACAAUUUCCUUUUGCUUGACAUCCGUCAAAUUGAAGCCAAAGUAUUUUUUAAGAUGUCCUACCUUCCAUCUAAACUAAAAAUGGCCCUCCUGCCAUGUUUUAAUCGCUCAGUCCUCAUAUUAAUGAUCCACACACAUCACACACUUGCUGCAGCUGCACAUAGCGGGUACAUUCAAGGUGUUUUUCCAGCACGAGAUCUUAAAUAAAUGCUGCACGGUGCGGCGCAUUAGUUAUCUUUCUUUGAUUAUAUUAUCAAAUAUCUCCACAGUUAAUUAAUCUGCCAUGUAAAGGUUUGUCAUUGAACGUAAAGAGAAGUUGCCAUGUCAUCUAAAAACACUCACGGAGCUCUUUUGUUUUCCAGGUGCUGUUGGAUACAUGGGAACAAGUGCCUUUGUGAGGAAGAUCUACACAAAUGUGAAAAUUGACUGACUAAAAAGCAGCGCAACAACACAGGGAUAUGAAAAGAUUUUGCCUAUGCUUAUCCAGAGUGACGGCGGGCAUAAAUCAUUCUUUAUUACUUUUCUUUCUUGCAAAGAGAUUACGAGAAUCUCACUUUGUACAAUGUAGUUUUUCCAUUUUAUGAAUGAAUUUCAACGCCGUAACUUCAAGUGAAUCAGAGCAAAACCUGCAAAAAAAAGAUAAAUACAAAGUUCUGUUUUUAUCUGUUGCUUUCAAAGACCGUCAAGGCAAAUGUUUAAGGCUGACAUGGCUUCUCUUCUCCAACCCAGUCCCCCUGAGACCAGAGGACAUAAACAUGGAUUGAUGGCAUUAGUGUAGCUCUCUUCAGUGAAGAGGCCUAAGUGUAUUGAAAGCCUUUGUUCUAUUGUGUCAGAAUAUUGGAGAGUUGGGUUCGUGCCCAUGUUUUGACUUGAUUUCUAUUUUGUAUUCUUGAAGUCACCCGAGACACUGUUACGACACACUUGCUACAGUUAUCAGUUUGAUUCAGUUCCCAUUCAAAGAUGAUAGACAAAAAGUUUGCCACUCGUAAAUCAUUCCCCCUAUUCAACAAUUCCUGAAACCCUUUUACAGUAGCAAUCCAUCCAGUCGAUGAAAGAUUUUAGUCCUGCUGUAGUUUACUGUACAGACAAGAGCAGAGGGACUGACGAACAAUUGAGGUACAGUAAGAAAGAAACGGAUUUUUAAAUGGAUGUUUGAUGUGAUCUCAUUUCCGCGUUUUGUCGGGGUUUUCUUAAUGUUUGGGUUUGAAUGAAGUCUACUUGUAAAGAUAAUAUAUGGAUGGGGGGGAGUGUAUAUAACCUUAAUAAUGUAACUCUAGAUGUAGAUCCCAAAUGUAUUUUCGUUGUACAGAUUUACUACAGGGUGUUUUUUUAAAUGAUUCAUUCAGUUCAAGUUGCUUUUUUGGUCUUUGUUUGGUGCUUGGGAUGGGGUUGGUGGCACUGUUACAUCUUGCCUGAAGUUGCAUGAAGUUUCACCAAACGACCUGCUUAUCAGACUCCACUUCAGUCAGCGCUGUCAGGUUUGUUUUUGUUGCUCUGGCUCAAAAUGUAAAAGGUACAUUUUGAUGACUGGUGGGCCUGCUCAUGGGCACUGUUCUUACUGUUCUUGAUUUCAUCUAUUAUUUAAAGCUUUAAGAGGCUCUACAUUUCCUGGGAAAGCCAUUACCCUCAUGUUCUUUCUGUUGCCUAACCUGAAACAUCAUUUGUGAAUGUCAGAGGGAAUGAGGCUUUUGCUUUGUUUCUCCAAACACACUGUACAAAGUGAAGUUUAUGUACACUUAAAACUAGAUGUUUUCAUAACCACACACAGUGCUGCGGUGUUUCAAACGCUUUCUUUUUUCAUUUUGUGUAAAUACAGUAUGUACCCUACUUGUACAAGAAAGUGGCAAUGCCUUUUCAGUUCCGAUUUCCAAUUCUGCCCCCACUGAAGUUGAUUUUGGCACCUCAUCUUGUGUACCAAUGUCUGAUUAGACAUUUUGAAACUGCAUAUUAACUUGCUGUAAAAAGAAAAAAUAAACAUGUUUAUGUACAGGGGUUAAGUGUGUCUUUGAUUGUGAGAG